CCACCACCCCUUAGUGCUGAACUCUCUAAACCCCUCGGCCUAAGUCCCACCGUGAUUCACGCAGGUUGUUGGUCAUCCUGUCGACCAGCCUGAUCCCAUCGGGUUGCUCUUCAGUAUCGGUUCAUUGGCAGCCAGUAGACUUCAGUCAUCUCGUGACUGGGCUAUCGUCUCCUCUCAGACGAUCUGUGUUUUCCGUAGGAGGCUUUCGUCGAUCCUUUAGGGUGUGCCGCCAUGGGGACGAAACUUCCACCGAAAGAGGCCAACCAGUUCAAGCUUAUCGUGAAAUCGUACGAGACGAAGCAGUACAAGAAGGGACUCAAGGCUGCCGAUGCUAUCCUCAAGAAAUUCCCGGACCAUGGCGAGACCCUGGCGAUGAAGGGUCUGAUAAUGAACUGCAUGGAGAAGAAGACGCAGGCAUAUGAGCUCGUGCGCAAGGGCCUCAAGUUCGACCUGUCGUCGCACGUGUGCUGGCACGUGUACGGGCUGCUCUACCGCUCGGACCGGGAGUACCGCGACGCCAUCAAGUGCUACCUGAACGCUCUGCGCAUCGACCCGCAGAACCAGCAGAUCCUCAAGGACCUCUCGCUGCUGCAGGUUCAAAUGCGGGACACGGCUGGGUUUGUGGAGUCGAGGCGGCAGCUGCUGACCUUCAAGCCCAACCACCGCGCCAAUUGGCUCGCCUUUGCAGUCGCCAACCACAUCAACGGCAGGCUGGACGUGGCGGCCAAGAUACUGUCAGCCUACGAGGGCACUCAGGAGGAUGAAUCGGUGCCGGAUGGGGAGAAGUACGAGCACAGCGAGAUGCUGCUGUAUAAGGUGUCUCUGCUGGCAGAGGCAGGGAAGCACAAGGAGGCGCUAGACGAGCUCAGCAAGAAGCAGGCGCGCAUUGUGGACAAGCUGGGAGUGAGGGAGCAGAGGGCGGAGCUGUUGCACCUUGUAGGCAGCAACGAAGAGGCUAGAAGCGAGUACGAGGCGCUGCUGGCAAUCAACCCGGACAACUACAAGUACUACGAGGGUCUCCAGGCGUGCAUGGGGCUCAAGCCUGCCUCAGAUGGCACCUACACGCCAGAGCAGCUGCAGCGGCUAUCGGAUCUGUUCCAAGGACUGCAGGAGAAAUACCCCAAGUCCGCUGCUGCUAAGAGAAUACCGCUGGACUUCCUGCAAGGGGAGGAGUUUGAGGCGGCUCUGAAGCCCCAUGUGAGGCGGUUCAUCCGCAAGGGCAUUCCCUCCCUGUUCUCAGACCUCGACCCGCUAUACGACCAGCCGGGGAAGGCUGACAUCAUGGACCGUGUGUUCACAGAAAUGCUCGACUCCAUUCGCUCCUCGGGAAAACUCCCUCCUCUCAGUGACACGUCAGCAGAAGAGGACAAAGAAAACCCCUCGGUGCUUCUCUGGCUGCUAUAUCUGAUGGCGCAGCAUCUAGACAGGCGAGGCAAGGUGGAGGAGGCUCUGGAGAUUGUGAACGAGGCGAUCACUCACACGCCCACACUUAUGGAUGCCUACCUUGUCAAGGCUCGCAUUCUGGAAAGGGCGGGUGACUUCACAGCAGCAGCACGGCUGGCAGACGAGGCCAGAAGCCUGGACCUAGCGGACAGAUACCUCAACUCAGAGGCGGUCAACCACAUGCUCAAGGCGGACCAGGUGGACCUGGCGGAGAAGACGGCAGCACUGUUCACCAAGCAUGGCGACCAGCAUGAGAACCUCUUCGACAUGCAGUGCAUGUGGUACGAGCUGGCGAGUGGCGACAGCUACAUGCGGCAGAAGAACUACGGGCGGGCUCUCAAGAAUUACCUCGCCCUGCACAAGCAUUACAACGACAUGGUGGAGGACCAGUUCGACUUCCACACCUACUGCCUGCGCAAGAUGACCCUACGAGCCUACGUGGCGACGCUGCGGUGGGAGGACCAUCUGCACGCCUUCCCCUUCUUCUGCCAGGGGGCCGUGGGGGCCAUCAACUGCUACGUGGCACUGCAUGAUAGGCCGGUGGUGAAGGCAGAGGCUAAGGAGGAGGAGAAGGGCAGGAUGAGUGUGGCUGAGAAGAAGCGCCUGCAGAAGGAGCAGCGGAGGAAGAAGGAGGAAGAGGAGGCGGCUGCAGCAGCUGCAGCGGCGGCAGCAGCAGCAGCAGCAGCCAAGGCGGCCAAGAAGGGAGGCUCGGCCAAGCCUGUGGAUACCGACCCUGACGGGGUGAAGCUGACUGAGGUGGAGGACAAGCUGUCCGAGGCCUCGAAGCACCUCUCCCUGCUGCUGGAGCAUGCUGGCUCCGAGCUCUCCUCGCUCCAAGUGGCCUUUGAAGUCUUCUCCCGGAAAAAGAAGCUGCUGCUGUGCCUGCAGGUGGUGCGGCGGUUGCUGAAAGAACAUCCAGAAGCGCCCCUCACACACUCGUGCCUGGUUCGUUUCUUCCUGACAGUGAGGGACCUACCUCCGGCAGAAUCGGAAUCGGAUAAAAUCGUCCGGGCAGUGAUCGAUGCCGAGAGGGCAGAUCUGGGUCUAUCGGACGACCUCGCAGCCAGCCUGCAACAACGAAACGAGGCCUUCCUGGAAGCACACAAAGAUAGUUUGCCUCACAGGGCAGCAGCGGCGGCAGCCAUGGCAAUGCUAGACACAGGUCUGAAGGCACGCGCCAUCGCUGUGAUUCACGAGUCAGAAGAGCCACUUGCCAAGAGUGGCGGUGCACUAGCGGAGGGAGUGGGAGAGUGGUCCCUGGACGAGUGUGCCGCAGUGCUCCGAUUGCUGCAGGAGGGGCCUCUAGCAGAUGAGGCUGGUGCACAGAGAUGGAAGGACCGGUGUGCGCAGCGCUUCCCCUAUUCACAGCAUUUCAAGGGCAGCAAGAGCUCAGUGAAGGCCCCACCGCCAGUGAAGGAUGAGGGGGAGGAGGAGGGCGACGAGGGGAGUGCUGCUGGCUCUGCCGCUAGGGCGAAUGGAGUAGUGGAGUAGGAGGGGUGGCUUUUGUAACAUCUUGACUUUUGAGUCGACUGGGGUGGUGGGAGUUGGAGGGGAGGAGGGCGAGGCAGGGAGUGCUGCUGGCGCUGCUGCUAGGGCGAAUGGGGUGGGGUGGUGGGAAUAGGAGGGGCCGUUGUCCAACACUUUCCAUCCAGCCUAGGUUUCUCAAGUCAUGAAAUUGACGUGACAUGCUGACCUGACCCAUCAAAGCAUUGGAAUGAAGUGUGGUAAUGGUGGUGGUGCUAGGUGUGUGUGUUUCUAGGAGACAGACAGAAGCAAUGCAGCUUGUUUGUCUGAGAAGUGGGUCGGUUCAAUUCACCACUGUAAUAAGAGCGUGUUCUUAUG